CACUUCAUUCAUCAGCGUCUGACGGCGGUGUUCUUGGUCGCGGCACCCGAACGGGCCAUGGCGGCCAGUUGGAGGUGGGGGGCUGGGGGCAACCAGCAGGAGGAAGAGGUGGAAGAGGAGGAAGAGGAAGCGGCGGAUAGCGAUGAUCCUGUAGCCUAGAUCGUAUUAUUUAGUGCCGAUCAAGGUACAGAAAUGUGGGCUUACACCAUCAUAUGGUCGGUGCAAUCAAUCGAUACUGUUGUUCCUUCCAGUGCCUUUUCCAUAGCUCCCCUUUAUUCGACCAAGGAACCACCUCCCUCCAGCCAAGAGUCUUAGUACCGUCCCUAGGAGAACGUAUUCAUGAUGCAAACACUGGAAAGAGAGGCCGAGAACUUCAAAAAGGAGGGAUAAGAGCACUGCUCUUUGAUCGUUCACCUGGUUCAUUCUAUCCAAGCCAUUCAAACACCAUUCUGUUUCACAUGGCGUCAGGCACAGCAUAUCGGUGCGAGAAGCCGUGCAGGGAGACCCUGGAUUACUACCUCAGUCCAGAUGAUUCCAAGCCCGCGGUGAUGUUAUACAAAGCUCCCCCUCCUAAGAAAUCAAGAAUCAAUCCGAAGUAUACACCUCUGUUGGAUCGGCUCCCACUCGAAAUCGUCCACUUGAUCUUGCUCAAUCUCGAUCUACCCAGUCUAGGGCGGUUGCGUCGAGUCAGCACCAGAGGAAGGUGUUUAGUCGAAUCGCUUCCGGCGUACUCUUUGUUGAGGGCCUUGGCCUCCGACACACUCCGUAUGAUGGAUAUUACCAAGUGCGCAUCAUAUUUUCCCAUCGGUCGGCUUUUCACUGAGUUCUGCCAUCCCUGGUGCCGGACCUGUACCGAUUUCGGCCCUUUUCUUUACUUCCCGACCUUGACCCGUUCAUGUUAUAAAUGCAGUUAUCUCCGACCCGAGUACGAAGUGGCGCCCAUGCGUGAUAUCUGUCUAAAGUUUGCAUUGACUCUAGCGGAUAUUCAUCGGUCAAAACUCCCAAUCAUUUACCAUCCAGAAAAGCCUCCACACCACUUAAUGGAUGUUGCUCGAGCAAAGGCCGUGGGAAUAAAGCUCCAUGGAAGUAAGAAGGAAAUGGAGCGGGCGUACCAGACUCGUCGGAAGGAGUAUGAAAGAGAUUACCAACGCCGGGUUCAGGAAUGGCAAACACGCCGGCAUCAAGGAACCCACACUGGCGGACGACCCCGGCGCCGGUGGAAUCCUAAACCACUGGUGGAGAACGACGGCGAACCUUCAUGGAGACUGCAGGCGUCAGUGGCAUUUCCAUACUGGGACUCUCGGACACGAACAUUGGAGCCCGGCACGUACUGUAGGGCUUGCACGUAUCACUGGGAGGAGGGCAAUGCAGAUGACUGGAGACGCAUGGAAACCAUUUUCCAUCUACACCCCCCUAGCAGAGAGGCCUAUUAUCGAGCAUUCUUGGAGGCUGAUUUACCUCAGCAUUUUCUCCACUGUGUUGCAAUGAAGCAGAAUUAUAACUUCCGGGUGGAACGUCUGAGCCCCACUGAGAGGUUGUUUAAACGGAAAGGGACUGAUUUUAUUGUUGGCCACAAGAAUAAUACUGAUGCCUGAUAGCAAUGACAGAGUUUUCAUGCGUUGGCAUGCGGGACCUUAGGGGCCAACCACUUUUCCUAUACGUAGUGUAUAGCCACUAUCAUAGCAUGGGAGAUGGCCCACAGCGGGACUCUUAAUCGUGACAACUAGAUCAGCGGGUUUCAUCCUGUAAGAAGAGUACGUGUCCGGCACCGAUUUCGCUCAGACAUCUUUUGC